UGGAUGAUGGACGAGCGCUGAUAAAUGUGCAUGUAAAGAAAUAAAGAUAAGAACAUAACGAACUUUGACAAAAGGGUAUUAAAAGAAGAAGCAAGAAUUUUCGUUCGCUAUGAACCUCAAGGGCGCCCUAAUUCUGACCGAGCUGCUCACGAUGCUGGGAGUUCUCCUGGCGCGAGUGACGCUGGACUUGUCCAACGUGACGGCGCCAGAGCACGUGAGAGCCCUGGAGGAGUUCACCAUCAAAGCCUUUCUCGCCGUGCCCUCCACCUCCACCUUCCGCCUCAAGAUGAAUCGGAAUGCCCUGAAGGGAAUGUCUCACUUAGUGGACACUUCGAAGCUACGAGCGGGCUUGCCUGAAGGAGCAGAGGUCUCUAUGUUCAACGUGUUCACGGACAAGCAGGACCAGCAGAUCUUCCCCUCCAUCAACGAGGGCGAACUGAGAGCCAAACUGUCUUCGCUGGACGAGGAACAGUUCGAGUUGAUGAAACACGUGUUCAGCGGGAACUACACGGAGACCUUCACCAUCGCACCGUCAGACACCGACUUCGAGCAGUCCCUUCAGGUCAUGUAUGCGCUGAGGACUCGCUGGUCGACCGAUCCCACCCCGGAUCCUAAGGUGGACCCCCUGGAGCUGGAGGAAGUGCCCGAGGAAGUGGAGCAGAACCUGGAGGCGAUGACGGAGGGCGAGGCCGUAGCGGAAACGGGGAGGGCCUUCCACAGCCCCUCCUCCCCCCUGCAGGUGGCUCCCGAACACCUGCGCCACAUGAUGGAGACUGUUUUCACCGUCGGGAGGAACCACGAGACUGAUCCGCUGGACAAGUUUUCGGUCGUCCUCUACAUCACGCAGAAAUUCGAUUCCCUCGGCCUCAUGGUCGUGGAUCACGUCUUCUCCGCGGCUGAGUAUAUAUUUUGGUUUGACCAGCCGCUGCAAGGCGUGAACAUCAUCGGCAUCUUGGCGGGCGAAGUCUGGGGCACAGCGGACGACAAACCGGUCAUCCUCGGGGCGCACAUGGACACGGUGCCCGGGACGCCUGGCUUCGACGACAACGGGUCCGGUCUGGCGGCCCUCGUGGAGGCGGCCCGCGUCCUCGCCACCAGCGGCUGCUCCUUCAGGCACUCCAUCUUCUUCGUCGCCUUCGAUCUGGAGGAGCUCGGCACCCAGGGCUCUACGAUGUUCGUGAAGGAUUACCUCACCAGGAGCAUCAUGGACAAAUUCGGGAUCACGGAAAUCACGGGCGCUUUCGUUGUGGAUUGUAUCGCCAACUGGGAUCCAACGCCAGGCAGUCAAGAUUUCCCGCCGACGUGGGCUGCCUACCUCCCCGACAACGCGCGGAGCAUCGAGCGCCACAACCACACGGGGGAUUUCGCCGGAGUCCUUUACCGAUCCCAGGUCGAUGGUCGGUUGGCUUAUACGUUGUCACAUUAUUACAACGACCUCGGCCACGACCAGUACCGCCUGGAGCUGAUGGGCCUGCAGGAGCUGGGCGCCGAGAUGCCCAAUGCGACGAUCCUCAAAAACCACUUCGACUUCAUUCGUUCCGACCACAUCCGCUUCUGGUACCUGAACGACACUGACAACUCGCCCACGAUGCCCGCAGUGCUUAUUACCGACAUGGGUCCUUAUCGCGGACGCAUGAGGCAGUGUUACCAUCUUGCGUGUGAUGACGCAGAGACAGGCUUCAGCGACCUGGGUCUCGUUACUAAGGUCACGCAAUCGUUGGUCUGGACCAUCGCCGACCUUGCUAAAGGAAGAUGCGGUCCUCGCGGAAGGCUGUCUGUGCCCACGCUCUUCGCUCUCAUGGGCGGCACACUCAGGCAGGACUUGGACCAGAGAAUACCAAUCGCCUCCAUCCAGGAUGCCAUGGAGGUUCUGCACUUCCUGGGUCUCCUCCCACCGGUGGAUACACAGCCCACGUGAUAAGAAUCAUCUGUUGCUUUUUCCAUUGGGUAUUUGGUUGUGUAUAUAAUCGUCCUGUCCAAUAUUUUUUAUUUGAUCAGGGAAUCUAAAAGUAGCAAGAGUGAGAAAACGUACAGGUUAAAGUUAUUGCCUUGUGUAGAGUAAGGUAUAUAUAAUUAUUUAUAGUUAAUGUGCGCCUUAGAUAUAAAGGUAUACAGGUAUAAGUAUCACAGUGCAUUGCUCUUUCCGCUUAAAUGGAAUAUCCAUGGAACUUCAGAGUGUUUUGACAACAUAUUCAGAAAUUACAUGGUAAUGAGAGUAAAACGAAAGACCAUUGUGUUAACCAUGGUGACUACUUAUAUGGAGAAUGGGGUUCAUUUAAAACUCCACUUGUCAGACUGAAGUCGUUUAUAAAAACAAACAUGUGAGCUGCAUUGCAACAAUUAGUGCAGUAAUUAAGGAAACAUUUUUCACUGAGUGCAUGUAUUGCCUAUAUAUAGUUUAGCUACUGAAUUUAUAUUAAUAGGAAGUAAGGAUCUGCAGCAGAUGAACUCUUGUUUUGAGCAUUUAUAAUGCAAGCCUUUCGUUUCAUGUCCCAAAGAGGAUUGUUAUAAUUCUUAUUAUAGUAUAUACCUGCUGGACAGGAUUUUAGAUUUAUAAAUACAUAUAUUUUGUGUGUAUACAUAUACACCAUUCAAACAAUCAAGCAUUGCACAGCACACAUAUAAAAGCACAAAGUUUUCUGACUGUAAAUGGUGAGAAAAUUACACAAAAAUAAUAACUAUGUAAGAGUAUAAUUCACUGUUAAUCUAUCUAAUAGUUUUUGUUGUGAACACACAAAUAUUUCUCAUAUCCAAUAUAUUUUUUAAAUUGAGCAAUCCUCCCACUUUGUGAAUCUAUUCUUGCAUACAUUCAUCAAACAAGCAGAAAAGAAGAAAAAAGUGGGGUAAACUAUCAUGCAAAGGCACGAAAGAGCAAAUAGGAUUUCACAAUGUAUGAUAAAUAAUUGAUGAUUUAAUAAAACAUUCAUGAGUAUUUUACACAUUUCUAAUGAAAAUGUCAAACAGCAACAUGAAUAACAUAUCAUGCAAUGUGGAAUUAAUAAUUCUCAGCCAUACUCUUUCUACAUUUGCCUCACAGACCCAGAACAUAUCAACAAGUUCUUAUCUGAUGUGAACAGCAUGCAGCAGAAAGAGUACAAAUGAUUAAAUAAAACACACACAAAUUAUGUUACUUUAUUACAUGAUGUUUUACAAUAAAUAUUAAAUCAAUCCAA